CCGCAACCAGCGGGCCGGAGCAGCAGCCCGAACAAGCGGGAGCGCAGCGAGCAGGCAGGUGCACAGCUGCGGGCAGGACAACGGCAUGACCGGCCACCACGGCUGGGGCUACGGCCAGAACGAUGGCCCCGCACAGUGGCACAAGAUGUACCCCAUUGCCCAGGGAGACCGCCAAUCCCCAAUCAAUAUCAUAUCCAGCCAGGCUGUCUACUCACCCAGCCUUAAGCCAUUGGAGCUUUCCUAUGAGACCUGCACAUCCCUCAGCAUUGCCAACAAUGGACAUUCUGUCCAGGUGGACUUUAAUGACACUGAUGACCAAACUGUGGUGACAGGCGGCCCCCUGGAUGGGCCCUACCGCCUCAAACAGUUCCACUUCCACUGGGGCAAGAAGCACAACGUAGGCUCAGAGCACACGGUGGAUGGCAAGUCAUUCCCCAGUGAGCUGCACCUAGUUCACUGGAAUGCCAAGAAGUACAGCACCUUUGGGGAGGCGGCCUCAGCAUCCGAUGGCCUAGCUGUGGUUGGUGUCUUCUUGGAGACAGGGGACGAACAUCCCAGCAUGAACCAGCUGACAGAUGCGCUCUACAUGGUUCGGUUUAAGGGCACGAAGGCCCAGUUUAACUGCUUCAACCCCAAGUGCCUCCUGCCAGCCAGUAGGCACUACUGGACCUACCCAGGUUCACUGACCACGCCUCCACUGAGUGAGAGUGUCACCUGGAUUGUGCUCCAGGAACCCAUCACCAUCUCUGAGAGGCAGAUGGAGAAGUUCCGGAGCCUGCUUUUCACCUCAGAGGAUGAUGAGAGGAUCCACAUGGUGAACAACUUCCGGCCUCCACAGCCACUGAAGGGUCGUGUGGUCAAGGCCUCUUUCCAGGCCUGAGCUGCCCACCUGCCCAGUGGGCCACUAGUGCACCCACCAUCUUCCCAAGGGCUUCCAUGUCAGCAGACACCAAAUCAUUGAGGCUUCCUACUCAGGGGAGUGCUGGGAACUCCCCUUCAGCUGGCUUGCUCUUUGGCCACUCUGGAGGCUUCUCUGAUUGGGCCCUUGAGUUGGGGGACAUCCUUCAGCUCCCCUAGCUGGUCCAAGUCUGGGGCUCCCUCUGCUCUCCAGAACCAAAAGGCCCCAGGAACCUCCUAUUGUCUUCCCCACUGGCAGUGACAGUGACCUCUACCCUGAGCUCACACUGUGAUGGAUGAGACAGAGCUCUGGGGCAGGCACCUGGCAUUGCCAGAAAGACUCAAGCAAUAAUCAGAGGUGGGCAGAGCUGCCCCCUCGGUAUUACCUCUUCUGUAGGCCUCCACAUACAUACACCUCACUGCCAGGCCAUAAAAAUCAACACCCAGCCUGCUGGAGGUGACAUGGCCUUUGCCCUCCAGCCACCUGCUGCCACCGGCAGGCCUUGGCUGCAGCUUAUGUGGUAAUAUUGCCCCUCAUUGCCACUCAACCACCAAAGCCACCUACAUGAUAAUCUGUCCUUGACUUGAUUAAUAAAUUGAUUCAUCCAUGUAACCAAUA